GCUUCCACACGGGAGGCCGGACACGAGCGUGAGCGAAGCGAAAGGUCUAGGGUUAGGGCGAGUGUUGGUCGGGAGAGAAGAGAGACGAUGGCGGUGGACGCGGCCCGCCCCCAGAAGCUCCGAUGGGGAGAGCUUGACGAGGACGACGGCGGCGACCUCGACUUCCUGCUGCCGCCUCGCGUGGUGCUGGGCCCCGACGAGAACGGGAUCAAGAAGACGAUAGAGUACCGUUUCGACGACGAGGGCAACAAGGUCAAGGUCACCACCACCACCCGCGUCCGCAAGCUCGCCCGCGCCCGCCUCAGCAAGCGCGCCCUCGAGCGCCGCUCCUGGCCCAAGUUUGGCGAUGCCGCCCACGAGGACACCGGCAGCCACCUCACCAUGGUCUCCACCGAGGAGAUCGUUCUCGAGAGGCCCCGCGCACCAGGUAGCAAAGCUGAGGAAACGAAGGCAGCAGGAGACCCGUUGGCCGCUAUUGGAAAAGCAGGUGCUGUUCUCAUGGUAUGCAGGACAUGUGGCAAGAAGGGUGACCACUGGACAUCAAAAUGCCCUUACAAGGACCUAGCUCCACAAACAGAUAGCUUUAUUGACAGGCCACCAGCUGCAGAAACUGCAGCUUCAUCUGGCCCUAGCAAGGGUACUUAUGUUGCCCCUAGUUUGAGAGCUGGUGCAGAGAGGAGCGGAACUGAGAUGAGACGUAGGAAUGAUGAGAACUCAGUUCGGGUGACCAACCUUUCUGAGGAUACCCGGGAGCCUGACCUUCAUGAGCUCUUCCGUCCUUUUGGCCCUGUUACUCGUGUCUAUGUUGCUGUUGACCAGAAGACUGGAGUGAGCCGAGGCUUUGGUUUUGUGAACUUUGUCAACAGGGAAGAUGCAGAGAGAGCUAUCAACAAGCUUAAUGGCUAUGGCUAUGAUAACCUUAUCUUGAGAGUUGAAUGGGCUACUCCAAGGCCAAACUGAAUCUGGUGGUCGAUUGCAAUUGUUUGGUGUUUGCACAAGUGCUUUGUUUCGCUAGCAGUUUGGCAUAUUAGAAUUUGCUAUGGAAUGUCUGGGCUCUUUAAGUGGAUAUUAUAGCUAUUUUUGCUGUCAGCAGAUGCGAUAUUGCAUAGUAUGCGAUUAUCAACCUUUACUUUUAGCUACCACAGUUUAAUGUGGGGUCUGUCUUGAUUUAUGGAAAUUUGGUUAAUGUCUUAUGAAAAAUUGGAUGCUCGAAAUGCUAUUGUUGGAAGUGCAUAUUUUCAUUAGUUUGUGGACUUUAUGGUAAAUAUAAAAUUAAACGGCUAGUGGAAAUGUA